AUGCACCGAAGCAUAGGCGACCCGAGCACGCGGCCGCAGUGGGACUCGUUCUGUAAGUUUGGAAGGAACGUGCGGUCGUUCAACGCGAACUGCGAGCAGAAUGAGAUUUUGUUCAAGCCCAUCUGGCCCGUCGCCGGGCGGGACCAGCAGCUGAUAUCCGCGCGGCGGCGACUCCCCGGCGGCGCGCGGAUGUACGUCGCGACGUCGCUGCCGCCGAAGUUCCAGCCGCCGAAAAUUCCCGGGUACGUCCGCGCGAAGCUCAUCACCGCCGGGUACUACGUCAUGCCCCGGCCGGGCGGAUGCGGCGACGGCGUCCCGACGCCGUCCGACGCGACGGCGUCCGACGACGCGAGCGAGGACGUCGGAGCGGUGAUGAUCAUCUCCAUGUUUCACGUGAACUUGGGGUCGGUGCCGACGUCGAUAUACUGGUUCGUCUCGAAGAAGUUCGCGGGCGUGAUGCAGUCGUUCCGGAGGUUCGCGAUCAAGCCGUUGAGACGAGGCGAGCGCGGCGAGAGCACUCGAAUCGCCGUGUAGACUAGCCGAGCGAGGUCGUGGACGGCGAUAGAUCGCUCGAGCGUUAUUAACAAAUCAUCGAUUCACCGCUCA